AUGGCUUUGGCCAAAACUGCCAAUGCUGCAACAUGGCUUUGUGAAGCAUUCAUUGGUUCAGCAGCACAAAGCUGUAUGUACAAUGCAUGCAAGGUCUAUUGGGCAGUUGUUGUUGCAGGGCCAGAACUUCAGAACAGGGGUUGGAUUCGUGCUCCUGUGAAGGUGGAGGGUGUGGAUGUUUCGGCAGAGACACAUUACGAGGUUAAGGCUGUUGCUCACGGGCUGGCAUGGGUACAGUUGAAGCCUGUGACAGGGAGAAAGCACCAGUUGCGGCAGCAUUGUGCCUUCAACCUUAAUUCCCCCGUGCUCGGAGAUAGACGGUAUGGAAGGACAACAGAAUCACUGCCGGCAAAGAUGUUGCCACGUGUCAAGAAAUUGAUGGCACCCAGCAGCAACAAGCACAUGAUCCAUUUGCAUGCACACGAGUUGACGCUUACCAUUUGCGGUGGGCAACCUGUGCGUGCAGUUGCCCCGAUCCCAAGGCACAUGAAGGUUGUCUUCGAUAGCAUGGCAUGGAGGGUACCAGAAGGAUGA